AUGCCAUUCGAUCCGACCAAGUACAGCGACGAGGUCCAGAAAGUGUCUAAAGACACCCCUCUAGAAGAGAUUCUGUAUUUGCUCAAACGUGAUGGCGGAGUCUUCGUCAAGAACCUCAUUCCUAAAAGUGACGUCGAUCAGGCCUAUGAGGAGGUCAAAUCACGGUUGGACGAAGAUGUAGAAUGGAACGGUUCCUUCUUUCCCGCACAAACCCAGCGGGCCCCAUCGCUCAUCGCCAGGAGUCCAACCUACACCAAAACUCAAGUCAUGAACCCGCUCUUCCGCGAGGUUUGCGACCACUUCCUCACCUCCCGCCGAUGGUAUUGGUGGGGCGAGGAAAAGAAGCUCUCCGUGGCGAAGCCCUACGUGCAUUCCUGCACGGCGAUGCGGAUCGGCCCCGGGGGCACGGCUCAGCCGCUCCACCGGGACGACUACAUCAGCCAUCGCUGGCACCAGGAGAUCGGACAGUGGGACGACGUUCGGGACUCGGAGCGCGAGUCGUCGAUCGGGCUCUUUGUCGCCGGUUGUCGGGUCACCAAGGAUAACGGGGGCACUGCGUUCAUCCCGAAGAGUCAUCUAUGGGGCUCGGACCGUACAACUCCCCCGAAGGUUGAGCAAUGCAUCUACGCCGACAUGGAGAAGGGCGAUGGCUUCUUGAUGCUCGCGUCAGCAUUCCAUGGUGGCGGGGCAAAUGUCACGAAAGACGAGAAACGACUGCUUUUCGCCACCUUUAUCAUCCGCGGCUACCUGCGGCAGGAGGAGAAUCAGUUCCUGGCUGUGCCGGCUGAUGUUGCUCGGAGCUAUGACCGGGACAUCCAAGACUACAUGGGGUAUUCGAUGAGCGAGCCGGCUUGUGGGUGGGUCGAACAGUUGGAUCCAAUCUACCACCUUCGUCCGGAGUUGAAAGAGGAUGGACGACCCAAGGACUUCUAG